AAGAGGGAGAGGGUCAGUCACCAUGUCGCACUCCAACGUCAUCAUCAUCGACAAUGGUACUGGCUUCACCAAGGCUGGCUGGGCAGGCAACUCGGACCCGUCGUUUGUGUUCCCCACAGCGAUUGCGACCCGCUCCUCGGGCGGCGGAUCCACGUCGACGAGCGCCUCCCGGCCUUCUGUGCCUUCGAAGCCGGGCGGAUCGAAUGUGGCCACAAAGCGAGGCAUCGAGGACCUCGACUUUUUCAUCGGAGACGAAGCCAUCGCAAACUCAAAGACGUAUCAGGUGGAGCAGCCGAUCAAGCAUGGCCUCGUCGAGAACUGGGACCUGAUGGAGCGCUUCUGGGAGCAGUGCUACUUCAAGUACCUGCGGGCCGAGCCUGAGGAGCACUAUACCAUGCUGACGGAGCCGCCCUUGAACCCGCCGGAGAACCGAGAGAACACGGCAGAGAUCAUGUUUGAGUCAUUCAACGUCAAGGGUCUGUACAUUGCCGUUCAGGCUGUACUUGCACUGGCAGCCAGCUGGACGAGCAACAAGGUCACCGACCGGACAUUGACGGGAACGGUUAUUGACAGCGGUGAUGGUGUCACCCACGUCAUCCCAGUGGCCGAGGGCUACGUCAUUGGAAGUGCCAUCAAGCACAUCCCGCUCGCCGGCCGCGACAUUACCUACUUUGUCCAGCAGCUCCUCCGAGACAGGGGCGAGACGGCCAACAUUCCGCCCGAGGACAGCCGCCGCGUGGCAGAGCACAUCAAGGAAAACUACGGAUACACCUGCCAGUCGAUGAUCAAGGAGUUCCGCCGCUACGACGCAGACCCGGCCAAGUACUUUGAAAAGUACGUGGGCACCCACUCGGUCACGGGCCGGCAGUACGAGGUCGACAUUGGCUACGAGCGCUUCCUCUCGGGCGAGCUCCUCUUCCAGCCCGAGCUCUUUUCCUCUGACUUCCUGACGCCCCUGCCCGAGGUCGUCGACACCGUCAUCCAGCAAUCGCCCGUCGAUGUCCGGAGGGGCCUCUACUCCAACAUUGUCCUCAGUGGCGGCAGCACCAUGAUGCCGCACUUUGGCCAACGGCUGCGCAAGGACCUGCGAGAGAUUGUCGACCGCCGCAUCGCCGCGAGCGAGGCGGCGAGCAACGCGCGGAGCAGCGGCCUCGACGUCAACGUCAUCUCCCACAGCAAGCAGCGCUACGCAGUCUACCACGGCGCCAGCCUGCUCGGCUCCCUGCCCACCUUUCCCUCCUUUUGCUUCUCCAAGGCCGACUACGAGGAGCACGGACCGGGCAUUGUGCGACGCUUCAGCGUCUUUGGCACCUCGACGUAGCCCUUGUUAUGCAAAAGAAUGUUUCAUUUGUGAGGUGUUUGUCUGAGUAACAUGGGUGUGAGAAGAUGGCUACGCGCUCUAGGGCUGCUCCUGCUGCCGAAGCUGCUGCGCGGCGAGCCUCUGGGCAUGCGCCUUUGCAAUCAUGCUCUGGACCCGGUCCAUGGCAAACUCGUUGUCCUUCUCCUUCUGUGCGGCCGUCUUGAGUGUCUUGCCCGUCCGCUUCAUUGGUGCCCUGCCUUCGGUGCUCUCAGACGGUGCCUCUGGGGCCAGCCUGGCCUGGUACCGGCGCGGAGGCCGGCGGUGUGCGCCUCGCCGUGUUGGCGACCCCUCUUGCUCCUCGU